AUGUUUUUCAGAUAUUUAUGUACGCUUUUUAACGAUAAAAUAUCUUUAAUAUUUUCAUUACAGACUGUUGUUACGAAUUUAUCUUCAAAAAAGAAAAAGAAAUCUAAUAAUGAUAUUAUAAUUCUAGCUGCAAUGAAAAUGCCAGAAGCAAAAUUAUGUCAUCUUCUUUUAGGUUUCUGUACUUCGCAUAAGCCAAAUCCAUUUUAUUAUAGUGAUACUACUAAUUUUUCUAUUUCUUUAUCUAUUCAUACAGGUCUGAUUGUAGUUUUAUCUUGCGGCCAUACAUAUCAUAAAGUUUGUUAUGAUAAUAAUGGAUUCAAGUAUUCAUAUUGCCUCUCAUUUUUACAAGAUGGCGUUGAUAAAAAUGUCCAGUUCCUGCUAACACGAUUGCAACAAUUUGACAAAAUAAAAGUUGAAAAGGAUGAUGAUAAUAUUCUUUGUGAUGAUGACGAUGAAAAUGAACCUGUAGGAUCCAAGACGUUCAUAAAUGACAAUAAAAACAAUAAAAUUUGCUUCAACUGCAAACAGCCUGAACAUUUUGCGAGAAACUGUAAAGCACCUAGAGAAGUUAAAUCCAGACCACUUGCAACUAGAAAAAGCCAAAAUACACGUAUUUUCAAACGUACACGUGUUUUCAAAUGCAAAGAAAAGAAACCAGAGAAAGUAGCAUGUAGUGAAGAAGAUGAGACACAUCGCCAAACACUCAUCAAGUGUGCCAAGGCAUAUGCUAAAGCUAAAGAGAAAGUUCUCUUCAUUUCGGGUACUUCAGUUGUUGGAGACAUACAAUAUGCAGAGGCCUUAGUUGUAGGUAGAAUCCUAAUAGAAUUCUCAAACUUAACAACAAAAUUACAUCAAGAACUUAAUUACGAUUUUUAUUGGGCUGUUAAUGAAACCUCAAAAAUUCUUUCAAAAGUUCUGGAAAUACCAUAUGAUGAUGAUGAUCUUGAAGAUUAUAACCUUAGAGAGCGUGAUAUCUCUAUAGAAAGUCGAUGA